AUGGGCGGACACAUCAAGAUGGAAAGACAAAAGUUUCCGUUCACCAUUGAAAACAUUCUUAGCAAAUAUCCGAGCGGUAUUGGAGAAAACCAAUCAUAUGGAACAAGUGUUCUUGGACUGAAGGAGAAGAUGGUGUGUCCUGAGUCUGUGCACCAGGCUUGCUUGUGCUGCUGUUUCUGCUCCCACUGCGCUGACAUGUUCCACUCAGAUCUCAUCCAUAAAGGCUGUCAGUAUGAAUGGAGUCCUGCAGCUAUGAUCUCAGAGCAGUGCAGGUUGGGGGAGGUUCACAGAGAGGAGCAGCAGCCUAAGGAAGGUCAAGUGCAGAGGCGAACCAGGCGUCACCGUACGAUCUUCACCGAGGAACAGCUGGAUGCACUGGAGGAACUGUUCCUGCAGAACCAGUAUCCAGAUGUGAACAUGAGAGAGAAACUUGCACAGCAAAUUCACUUGAGAGAAGAAAGAGUAGAAGUCUGGUUUAAAAACCGAAGAGCGAAGUGGAGGCGUCAGAAAAGACUUUCGUUUGUUGUGGUAAACACUGAAAACUAAACUUUUUCAUACAGAUCUGCAGCAAUUUGGAAAAAUAUGGAAACCUCAAGUAAUAUUUUUGCUUAUGUUUUAAACAAAUAGCCAAGAUUCUGAACAAAAUGGAUCUUUCUGUGUCAAUUUAAUCAAGUUAAACUGCAUGCAGACACUAUCACUACAUGCUAACCCUUUAAUAUUUGAAGUUCACUGCUUUUUAGUAUGCUCCUUAAUAAAGUGUUUUUUAAAAGGCAAGUUAACUAUUUGUAUAAUUGCUUCCUCUUGUCAUGUGGUUGUAAUCUAAUAAAUACUUGAAUGACUCCAUUGUUUGUGAAAAACCCAUCAUGUGAA